AAAAAAGGAGGGUGAAAGAAAGAAGAGAUCCUGAUGGAAAUCAGGGCACCCUGACCAGCUCCUGCUUGGAGUGAGGAAGGCGAGGCGGAAACGAGAUUUCCCUACAAGUUUUUGCUGCUGAAGGUUGCUCAGGAGCCUUCCUCGGCCGGCGAGGGGGGAAACCACUCCGGGACUACUCCAGCAGUAGGAAGACCGAGGAGUGGAGUGGAUGAAUUUACCGAUGAGAGAUCCAGUAAUCCCUGGGACAAGCAUGGCUUAUCAUCCUUUUUUACCGCACCGGGCACCGGACUUUGCCAUGAGCGCCGUGCUGGGACAUCAGCCUCCCUUCUUCCCGGCUCUGGCUUUGCCUCCCAACGGGGCAGCCGCCCUCUCCCUUCCCGGGGCUCUGGCUAAACCCAUCAUGGAUCAGUUAGUGGGGGCUGCAGAGACUGGUAUUCCCUUUUCUUCCCUGGGUCACCAGGCUGCAGCCCAUCUGAGGCCUUUAAAAACUCUGGAGCCAGAGGAAGAGGUAGAAGACGAUCCGAAAGUGCAUCUGGAAGCUAAAGAGCUUUGGGAGCAAUUCCAUAAAAGAGGCACGGAGAUGGUGAUUACCAAAUCGGGAAGGAGAAUGUUUCCUCCAUUUAAAGUGAGAUGCACUGGACUGGAUAAAAAGGCCAAGUACAUUUUAUUGAUGGAUAUCGUGGCGGCUGAUGAUUGUAGGUACAAAUUCCAUAAUUCCCGGUGGAUGGUAGCCGGCAAGGCUGACCCUGAAAUGCCAAAGAGAAUGUACAUCCACCCGGACAGCCCGGCCACCGGCGAACAAUGGAUGUCCAAAGUCGUCACCUUUCACAAGCUGAAGCUCACUAACAACAUCUCUGACAAGCACGGAUUUACCAUUUUAAACUCCAUGCACAAGUACCAGCCCCGCUUCCACAUCGUCCGAGCCAACGAUAUCCUCAAGCUUCCUUACAGCACGUUCAGGACCUACGUUUUCCCGGAGACUGAAUUCAUCGCAGUGACCGCAUACCAGAAUGAUAAGAUCACGCAAUUAAAAAUCGACAACAACCCUUUUGCCAAAGGUUUUCGGGACACCGGGAAUGGAAGGAGGGAAAAGAGGAAGCAGCUGACCCUGCAGUCCAUGCGGGUGUACGACGAGAGGCAGAAGAAGGAGAAUCCCACCUCGGACGAGUCGUCCAAUGAGCAGACGGCCUUCAAGUGCUUUGCCCAGUCCUCCUGUCCUGCCGUGCCUGCCGUGGGCACCUCCAGCCUCAAAGAUCUCUGUCCCAGCGAGGGAGACAGCGAUGCAGACAGCAAAGACGAUCCCUUGCUAGAAGGCAACGAGUCGGGCAAAAUCAGCACGACCACCGCCGCCACCCCAGCGCCGGCCAGCUCCGCUGCCACCGCCGGGGACGACCCCCGGGACAAGGGCGGCAGCCCCUCCAAAAGCCACUUCUUCCCUGGGGACUCGGCAGGGAGUCGGGGCCGAGAGAGGACUGAGAAAGCCCCUCCGGACUCCCGGCACAGCCCAGCUACCAUCUCUUCCAGCACCCGGGGGGGAAGCCUGAGCGGCGAGGAACUGAAAAGCCCCCUCAGGGAUGGCCCCAAAGUAGAUGAGAACCGACUGCUGGGGAAAGAGCCCUUCACCCCCCUGACGGUGCAAACCGACAGCACGGCCCACCUGAGCCAGGGACACUUGCAGAACCUCGGCUUUCCCCCUGCCCUGGCCGGCCAGCAGUUCUUCAACCCGCUGGGGAACGGGCACCCGCUGCUGCUGCACCCCGGGCAGUUCGCCAUGGGGGGAGCCUUCUCCGGCAUGGCCGCGGGCAUGGGACCCCUCCUCGCCACCGUCUCCGGGGCGUCCGCCGGGGUCUCGGGACUGGACAACACGGUCAUGGCCACGGCGGCGGCCCAGGGACUCUCGGGAGCAUCGGCGGCUGCUUUGCCUUUCCAUCUGCAGCAGCACGUCCUGGCUUCACAGGGCCUGGCCAUGUCUCCCUUCGGCAGCCUCUUCCCCUACCCCUACACCUACAUGGCCGCGGCGGCCGCCGCCUCCAGCGCCGCUUCCAGCUCCGUGCACCGGCACCCGUUCCUGAGCGCCGUGCGGCCGCGGCUCCGCUACAGCCCCUACCCGCUGCCCGUGCCCCUGGCGGACGGCAGCAGCCUCCUCACCACCGCCCUGCCCGGCCUGGCCGCCGGCUCCGGGGAGGGCAAGGCGAGCGGGCUGAGCGCCAGCCCCGGCUCCGUGGCCCUGGACUCCGCCUCGGACCUCACCAGCCGCUCCUCCACCCUCUCGUCCGGCUCCGUGUCGCUGUCCCCCAAGCUGGGCGCGGACAAGGAGGCGGCCACCAGCGAACUGCAGAACAUCCAGCGCCUGGUCAGUGGGCUCGACCCCAAGCAGGACAGAUCCCGCAGCGGCUCCCCGUAACCCCCCGGCCUCCGGGAGCUCAUUUCAAAUCAGUCUCGCAGUGCACUUUGUUUGAUAGAAACCACAUCCUCCACCCCGCGAGUGGUUUUUUUUGUUUUGUUUUGUUUUGUUUAUUUUACCCCCCUCUAUUUUUUUUUUCUCCCUCUUUCAAUUUAUUAUUUUUUUUUUUAACAUAUAAAAUAUCGCGGCGUUGUGUGUGUGUUUAGCAACAAAAAGGUGGAGCAGGGAAAAGGGUCGGGGAUGGGGGAGCGCUGGGUUGGAGGCUCCUCACAAGGAGCAGAACUGGCCGGAUCGAGGCACCGGUGGGGUUUGUGGCAUCCUCUUAUUUUUUAUUUUUAUUUUUUUUAUCAGUGUAAAAAGAAAAAAAAAAAAAACAACCCCAAACCAAAACACCC